AUGAAGAAGUUCGCUACAUUUCAGGUUUACUUUUGUCUUAUUCUCACGGUAGUUUUGCUGUUGAACAGCUAUGAAAACGCAGAAGCAUUUGCAGUGCGCUCGAGGACAGCUGGUCGAAAAACGAGGAGGGGAAGUCGUAGAGAGUUAUACAAGAACUCAGAGGUGAAGCUGUUCUUUGGUUUUCAUAGCUGAAUCAAUUUUUUUAAAGAUAUUUAGAAAUUAUUGAAUAAGCCUGAGUAUAAUAUGUAGUAAUAUCUAAGAGGGUUUUGGCUUUCGGCCUCGACAGGUAACAACCUCUGAUUCCGUCUGUUAGGAUCAUUCUGAUUAGACUUAACAGGAAGUUCUUUUACAAGAAACAUUCAAGCACGCGCUCGAUAGCGCAUAAUGUCUUAUAUUGCUGCAAUCUGGGCUGCUAACAUAGUCAAUCAGAUUUGAGAAUUUUGUCGUAGUUAUGAUGAAAAUCAUUUUUCUCACUGCUUCUUGUUCUUCUUCUUCUUCUUCAGAUUCUUCGUUCCAGAAGAGACAUUUGUGAGGCAGCGCGUUCAUUGAACUGCGAAGACGAUUCGAGUCCGUGAAAUGAGGAAAUGCCACCGAUCAGGCUACUAAUGCACAGUUCAAACAACAGCUUAGUUUUCAAGAUGCUUCUGGAAGCUCCUUAGUAUAAAUGGGCUGAAGUCCCUGUUAGACAUUCAAGUAUUUCAUACUAAAGUUGGACAGUAGAACUUUUAGGUGGUUUUAUCGGGCGAAGGAGGGUCUGAAUAGGGGUACCUCGAUAACACCAAUCACUUCGUUUUUUGGCUUUGUGACUUGAAACAGCUAAAUUUUAGGCAUGUUAACACUAAGAGUAAAAACUUCUUUGAAACCGUAAAUUUUUUUUAGAAGCAAAAACGGCUCAAAAAAGGGCAAUAUUAUUAUUAUUGUUUAGCAUUAAUUAUUAUUAUUAUUAUUAUUGUUUAGCAUAUAUCAAGGAGUUUUUGGUCAUUUUACGACAAUUCCGGAUCAUUUCAGAAGAUUUGCAAAUGCUACCGAAGAUUCCCGAAGACUAUCGAAGAUUUCCGAAGACUAAUGAAGAG